CAGACCGAACGCACGUCGUUUUGAUCGCGCGCGCCUCUGGCUCUCAAACUGAACCAGAACCAAAGACCGAAACCGAAACCGAAACCGAAACCAAAAACCCAACGACUGACAAGUCACACGCGCACACACACACAUACACAACCACACACACACUCAUACACCCAUGCACACGCACACAUGCAUUUGGAUGGACAAGUGUCGUGUGCGGGCACUAAAAGUUAUUUCGUUAAAAACAAGAAGAGCAAGAACAACAACAAUAACAACCGACGCAACUUAAUGUCUAAAUUAAAUAAGUGAAUUCUCGCAACACACAGAAAUUAAUAAACACAUCGCCGUGUUUGUGUGCGUGGGCGAGCCUUGCUGCCCCUUGACGCAUAAAUAAACACACACCCAACUACAAAUACAAAUACAUCGAGGCGAAUUGGCCCAAGGGAACAGAGAACAGACUCCCGCAAGUGAAAGUGUUUUAACGGCCAGAAUGUGUUCGCUGGAGCCCUACACCCACAGUCACAGUCAGAGUCACAGGCUGAGUCACAGGCACAAUCACGGACACAGACCGCACCACCGACAACAACACCAGCAACAGGAGCAGCAGAAGCAACUGGAGCAACAGGAUCACAGCCACCGGCAGCAGCAUCAGGCAGGCCAAGAUGUUGGCCUGGCCAAAAGGACAACAACUGCGGCAGCAAGAACAACAAGGCAUCUGCAGCUUUGGCAUAUUCUACAUGUGAUAUUAGUGCUAAUCGAUAUAACCAGCUCGCUGACAAUGACCGAGGUGAAGAUACCCAACCACAUAAUGCGCCUGAAGAGCGCCCUGCUCGGCUGUCGCUAUUCCCUGGACGGCGAGUCCCUGUACUCGGUUAAAUGGUACAAGGAUGGGCACGAGAUCUAUCGCUAUGUGCCGCGCGACAAGCCACCGGGCCAGGCAUUUCCACUGCCCGGCGUCAACAUUGAUCUGAGGAACUCCUCGGACACGCAGGUAAUGCUGCGACGCGUAACGCUCCAAACUUCCGGCCUGUACCGCUGCGAGGUGUCCGGCGAGGCACCCGCCUUCAACACCGUCUCCGAGUCGGAGACAAUGACUGUUGUGGUGACACCGAAUCAUGGGCCGAAAAUAUCCGGCGGGCAGCCGCGCUAUCAGAUCGGGGACACUGUGCGAGUCAAUUGCACAUCGGCACCGUCGAAGCCAGUCUGUCACCUGAGCUGGCUGAUCAACGGGGAGCCGGCACAAAAGCAGCAUCUCAAGCAAUACGACAAAAUCGUGAUGGGCCGCGAUAGCCUUGAGAUGGCUCGAUUGGGCUUGGAGUUUCGUGUGCGUGGAUAUCACUUCAAAAACGGCGAUAUGAAGCUCAAGUGCGUGGCCAAGAUCAGCUCCCUCUACUGGCAGAGCAACGAGGAGAGCGUGGAGAGCGAUCGUCAGCAGCGGGCGCCCGCCCUGGAGUCGCGUGAAACUGUGGCCGCCAAAUCGAGCACGAUUGGUGCUGCUGCCUCGAGGCAGCCAUCGCAUCUCAUAUCGCUUUUGCCAGCCCUGCUGCUGCUCUUCGGCGCCGUCGGUUCCUGGAGUUGGCCGCCCGAAGGCGCUGGCAGUUAACUGGCUUCUGUGAAUAUUUGGAACGCUGGCCCCGCUUAAGGAGAUCAGGAGCAAACCUUGCCCAACGCUGGGAUCUAUUGCCAGAUGAUAUCAUAUCUGAGAAAUUUAAGUGUAAAAGCAAAACAUAUCCUAUGCCAAAUUUCAUAGAAAAAUCUACAUACACUAACGAGUACAUUGCGCUAAUAAUAAAAACAAGAAUUUCAUUCAAUCGAUGUGUAUGGAUAACUACAUAAAACCAAACGCAAAUUCUUUCAAAAUUAUGCAAAAUAAAAAUCUAAAAAAAAAAAAUACAAAAAAAUACUAAAAAUUCGUAUGUAUCAAUUAAAUACUAUUUACAUGAGAAAAACUACUCAACCUAAGCAUUUAAGUAAAACUUAAAAUUUUGUAAAUAUUAAGCAUACACUUUAAGCAAGCAAGAGCCCAAAAAAAGAAAGAAAAAAAAAACAAAUGUUAAACUAAAAGAAAUUUAAAGAAAAUUUAUAAUGAAAAUAUAAUUUUCAUUUAGUGUAAAGAUUAGUCCCUCAGUUGAUGUUGAAUUGAGGAAAAUCAGCAAAAGCUCUGUAAAAUAUAUUUUUUUAAUAUUCUAAUCGAGUGAUUGUGCACUUGGUAAAUUUGUAUGAUUUCUUAAACGAAUCGACUUUUGUGCUAUGAUACCCAGGCAUAUAAUUUCAACUUCCUGGUAGUUAUGACUAGACCCAUCAGUUGAUAUUAAACUGCAUUUUGCGCAUAUCAAAUUUCCACAUUUCAAUUGUAUAAAAUGCACCUCACUUCGAAUUACAUAUUCAAAAUCUUCAAAUAUAUAUUAUACCUAAUAGAGUAAGCAAGCACCUAAUGCAUAGUCAACUACAUUAAUAAGUUUCGAUGUAAGAACUGUAAGGCCAGCCUGUUUAAAGAAUCCCAUUGAAAGAAUCCGCUGUUCGACUCGAAUGGAAGUCCAAAAUAAAAAAAAAAUAAAAACUAGCUGUAAAUAGCAAAUGAACAGAAAAGAAACUUGUUAAGAAACUAGAAUGAAAAUCAUCGCAACAAGAUGACAAAUUAGCUCCAAAUAUAUCACCUUUGUGAAAUAACUUUAAAGCUGUCCUGAGUGAGGGCUUGUUAUCAAUUUUUAUUUAUUUUUAUUUUUUCAGUGUUUUUGUAAAUAAGCAUAAAUUGCAAUUUAUCCAUAGAGUAAUGAAAUAAUAAAAAUUUUAAUUCCCGAAACCUAUGUUUCGUUUUAAAUCCAUUUUAGACAUUUAUGUACUUAAAGUAGGCUAAAUGUUUUUGUCAGUCCCGGAUAAUUAAUCAUACUUGUAGUUGGACUACUGAGAGUCGACAUUUUUGACAAAUUUGUAGCUCUUUCAUUUGGUUGCGAUUCCCAUAGACAAUUAAAUUAGUCAGUUUUGUAAUAAAAGUUUAUCCCUUACCACAGCAAUUGAGACUCCUACUGAUUGUUAUGUUCAAAGACCAUAAAGCAUUUCUUUGAUCUUGGUUUAAGCUCUGUGCAGAGAUAAUAAUCGUUGUUUUAUGCUAAUUUAAAGAGCUUGAGUCACAAAGGCAGCACAUGUCACACCCACUUCAAACCUGGCUGCGAAACAAUUUGUACCAGAAAAACAGCCCAAAAAUGGAAAUUGCCUCAAGAGGCAACACGAAAGGUGUGCAACAAACCGCAAAAUGCAUGCAAGUCAAGACAAA